GGCUGGCAGGGUGGGUUGCUUAUUGCAAAGUUUAUGUCACCAUUCAACCACAUCCUGUGGCAGAGAGGCCAGGCACCCAACAUCACUUCAGAAAGAGAAGUGUUCGUGUUUACUGUAGACUUGGACCAAACGUAAGUGAGAAGCAAGCGGUCAGAAUUGUGGAAAGUGUUUUCAUACAGGUUGACGGAGGUAAAGUGAUGUUUAAGCAGGCUUCAAAAGACAUUGCCAGUGAGCUGGACCCCUAUGGUAUGUUGGUGCCUGUCCCAGGGGCCAGUGAUUCCUUCAAGUUUGAGCUGCUUUAUCUGGUUAAAAAGGCUGUGUCUCUGUGGCCAUGGAAACCAGUCAAAUACCUGCCAACUGGUGUGAAGUUGGAACAGGUUCUGGUGAAGGGAGACACUGUCGAUAUAGGGCAGAUCAGUCAUUCAGUAGGGACAAUAAGCUCAGCAUCAUCCAGACAUGCUGAAAUCGAAGGGAAGGUCGUUGCAUAUACUGUAGAGACUGAUGGCAAAGCAGGUAUUAGCAUCAAUAGAUCAAUGGCCUCCGUCUGCAUAGAAAAGUUGGAGGUCAGUCUGGAUGAACUGAUGAACAGUUUACACAGAAAGAGGUUUGACAUGUCUCACUGGUUGAUUAAGAAGCUACGUAAACAGAAGGUAGAUGGGUUGUGUCUGGUGAUUGAAUCCAUCCGGGCCAAGAACCAGUUAAAGCUACAAGAGACACAGUCUGCAGAUGGGUCAAUGAAAUUCCGUGCACAGACCACUGUCAAGAUGGGGACCAACAUAAGUGGCACACGAGAAAUCAUGGUGGAUGAGGGUACAAUCCUGGCAUUUAAAGUGUAUGAGCUCUGCAUCUCUGAAGAUGGCAGACUGUGUGGUGCUGCAACACCAACAAAGAAGAAAUGGCCUUUUAUUGAACACGACGGAAUGGCGGACAUUAAGGCUGAAUUUUCAGAUUUUGGAAGCCUGAAGGCCUAUAUUAAAAAGCAGUUCAAUGAGUUUGAUAACCUGGACAAGAUUGCCAGGGUUCAGAUCUGGACACGUCUGUCUGAGCUGCUGCUCCAUCGAGAGGCCCUGGCUGUGCUUGAACAUAUACUGGAAGACAGCAGUGACGGGGAGCCCUCACCUCUAGACUCUCUAGGCGAUAAGGAGAAACAGCCCAUCCAGAAACUUCUGGAGUUUUUGGGGAUCCCAAGCAAUGAUGCAGACGACAGAUGCAAGCUUGUCAAAUCCAUCAGUCUAUUUGUCAGUGCAUUGAAUGCUUUGGAUGAGCAAACUGUGACUAAGAUCUGCACUCUUGACGAGGAAGUUCACAAACAGCAGCUUCAAUUGGUGGAGAGCAUUUUGGACCCGGGGUUGUACAGUACUUGUACAUUGGAGCAGGACUGGACCAAUGAACUGACAGGGGACGGACUGGUACUGGGAAAGGACCUCCUGAUUUCCUGUGGCCUGAAUAUCAAUGAUGACACCAAACCAGGCCUCAACUUUGCACUUUUGACAUCCCAGAAAUCCAGACUCCUAGAUCUUUAUGUGACACUGUGUGGAGUAGAAAGCUUAGUGCCCUGGUGACCAGAACAAGAACAAAAAACUGUUGGUGAAUAACAGGGAACUCUUUGCAUUCAUUACUGUAAUGUAAUAACAUAAGUAACACAUUUAUAUGAAAUUCAAUUAAAACAUUUUAACAAAA